AUGGACGCCUUUCCGUAUAUUCCACCCCGUCUGAAAUACUCUGGUCUGACACAGCAAGAAAGAGAAAGGCAUGCCGCGCCCGCGCCUGCUCCUGCGCCUGCUCCUGCAAAAAGACAUGACAGCGCCAUGGCUGGCGCCACUUCGUUGAGUCAGGCCAACUCGCCGGGAACAAACCUGUCGCAGGCGGACCCCGUCAAAACGGCGAGGAAACACAGAACCACUCACAGUCGUACUUUUCCUAUACCCUUUCCUGGUAGCCUGGACUCUUCGGAGGAUGACCUUCCGCCGUUUCCAGAGCCAGAAAUCUCUUCCAUGGCCCUCGAUACCAAACCAGGUGCACGGAUCCACUACACAUAUUACCCUGCCUCGAAUCCAAAUGGCAGCCACUCGAACCCGUUUUCCCAGACGCUCAUUGUUUUCCUCAACGGGAUCCUGAGCGUAAGGAGCUCGUGGGACGCCACCAUACGCAGCUUUCUAGAAAAAAGAAUAGCAGGACGGCUACCGUAUCCUUCCUUGUUAAGCUACGAUCGAUAUGGCCAAGGCGAAUCGGAUCGAGACCCCGAUGACCGAGAGCCUCCGCCGUGUCAUGGCCAUGAUGCCAUAUCUGCCGUGAAAGCACUUAAGCAAUUUACCUUGCAAAUAUGGCGGGAACACCUCGACAUUAACAGGCCGACACACUACCCCUGUCUCAUUUUUGUCGGCAGCAGCUUCGGCUGUGCCCUCGCCCGCCUUUUUGCGCAAUGCUACCCCGGCACCGUCUCUGGCCUGCUGUUCCUCGACAGCAUAAUGGCCAAUUCAGACUAUCUGGACUUUUGGCCGGACCCGGAUUCGCCAGACUUUAAUCCGCACACACUGCCCGAUAGCGUGACAGAGGACGAGGUGCGCGAGACAAGGCGAAAGUACCGGGAAAUGUUUCACCCGGAUGUACCUAGCCAAGAGGGGCUUUCCAGGCGGAACCUACCCACUUUGCUGCCCCAUGCCGGUGCGCCCAAGCUGGAGGGUUAUCUGGGACGAGGCCCUUAUUUGACCGUUGUCGGUCACGACUGGGAGACGUAUGCCGAGCAAUCAGCUACUGGAAUUCUCCACACGCCAAAAGCCCUCAGCAUGACUUAUAUCAACCCUGCAUGGCGCCGCUACAACGAGGAACUGUGCAACAUAACUGAAGAAGGCAAGGCCAUUGGGCCCAUUACCGCAGUGCGCUGUGGCCAUUUCAUCCAGAUUGACAAUCCGCAGUUUGUCAGCGAUGAGAUGGUGAGUUUGCUGGAUAGGGUGGUGAAUCGCGUGCAGCAGGUCAGCAAGAGAGACUGA